UCCCUUUCACAAACUCCAUCAUGUUUACUUCUCCCUUCAUCAUGUUUGCGCUGGUCAGCUUCCUCGCUGGCGCCAAUGCGUGUAUACGGUGCCCAGCCACAGUGAGGGUCGACGGUGGUACCAAGAAACUACACGAUAACACCACACGCGACCAGUUCACAUAUUGCAACUACGAUAGUGUUCCGCUCUACCUUUCCAGUACUGUCUGUAUCUACCACCUCGAUAACGGCCAGUUGGUGCCAAAUCAGGCUGAUUUUUGUCCGGCUGCAGUGGCUGUGAAGAAUCACUGCUGAACGUGAUGUGAGGAGAUGGGGGAGACGAUACACCCAACAGAAGGAGGAAUGUUCGUCUGCAGACAGCUGGGUGUAUGCCAGUACUUAGAUCAACAUCUGUUACAAAAA